CCGACAUGAAAUAAUGGAAGUUAUGCGUUGUAUUGACUCAUUCGUUAGAUUUCAGUGCGUUACGCCGACCGUGUAUUGUUUUAACGAGACCAGCCCGAGUUUGUGAAAUCGCGUACCGUGACCCAUGGAUCUAAGCUAAGCCUAACUAGUAUAAGCAAAAUGUCUCAUCACCUGGUCACCGUGUGCAUGUUCUGCCUGCUCUGCGCAGCGCACACCUGCGGCGCCCACGUCGAAACUAAAGAUGUACACACAAACACAUACGAACCGAAAAUAGACUACAACAUACCCUUAGACUUGACAGAGAAACGAAAGCUAGACCACUUAGAGCGCUACAAUCAUAAGCUACAGAAAAUAAGACAGCUACGCCCGAAGAGACACCUCGACGAUGUCUCGGACACAUAUAUCGGGGAGAUUUUGAAAGAGUACGGGACGGGGGAUUCGAUGAAUUUGACAGGAUUCAACAAUAUGCUGAAUGUUCUGGAACUGUCCAAGUUGGUGCAGGGAAGGGUUGAGACCAAAGAGGGUCCAAAUCAACGUAAUUCUGUUUAUUGCCUAAACAGCUCUGAUCUCAUCACAGCCGUCAACAAGGGCCUAUAUACAGACGACCACGACCAUAACGACCACCAACACACAGACCCGACUCACGACCACGACGUACUAAUAACAGAAGACACCCUCCGGGCCGUCUGUCCAGUCCUCCUCUACCAGAAACUCGGGAAACCGGACGAAAAAAGAGACUGCGUCAUACACAAUAAAGUCACAAAUACACAAACAAACGUAAAAAGUCUCGAAAGCGCAGUGACGAAGACAGACAAAAAAGAUGACACCAACAAAAACAUGUUCGCCGUCUGGCUAUACUCCUUCCUUAGUAUAACGGCCAUCAGCGCAUGUGGUCUUCUAGGAGUAGCAGUGAUCCCUAUAAUGCAUAAAACGUACUACAACCAUCUCCUCCAGUUCCUAGUGGCGCUAGCCGUGGGAACUCUCUGCGGUGAUGCGCUGUUACAUCUAAUGCCUCAUGCGAUGAGUCCGCACGAGCACGUCCAUGGGCAUGACAACUCAUUGGAAAAUUCAACAACAUCACAUAACGACGGUAUGUGGAAAGGGCUCGCCGCCAUGUUGGGUGUCGUCUUCUUCUAUUUCACUGAGAAGGGAUUGACUGUUGUCGUUGAAUGGAGGAAAAGGCGUCAAAAGCUCGAAGAAGACAAACUUCCUUCAAGAGUCCGAGUUUUGAAAGACGAAACCGUCGGAGGUUGCUCAGGCGGCGCUAAAGCCGCAAUCACCAACUCCACUACAAAUUCAUUCAUGAAAAUCUUCAAGAAAGAUGAAAAGAACGACCCUACAACUAAAACUUGUAAGCACAAGUAUUCGGAAUACCCGUAUUGUUACGACGAAAUCGACACAGAUACACAUGACGAUCACCAUUUGCGGGAUGGUCAGAUCCCGCCAAGCCCUAAAGCUAAGCAGAACAACUCUGUGAGUGUGGUGUCUUCGAACGCGUUGAAUGCUGAGGGUAAAGAGGAGGCGACGGCGAAGGAUUGGCUGCUGAAAGCGGAGCCGGCGUCGGUGGUUGAGAUGAACAAUAUUAAACAUAAGGAGGAUGGUGCUAAGGAUCUCAAGGAUGGCGACAGCUAUACUGUUAUAUUGAGGGAGCAUUCCCGUGCCCACCACGGGCACUCCCACGCCCACGGCCACGUGCACGCCCCUCCCUCCAGCCUGUCUUCAGUGGCCUGGAUGGUCAUCAUGGGCGACGGGCUGCACAACUUCACCGACGGCAUGGCUAUAGGCGCUGCUUUCGCAUCUAACAUUGCUGGUGGCUUUUCUACGGCUAUUGCCGUCCUGUGCCACGAAUUACCGCAUGAAUUGGGCGACUUCGCAGUGCUCCUGAAAGCGGGCAUGUCAGUAAAGCGCGCUGUGUGCUACAACGUGCUGUCUUCAGCAUUAUGCCUCGGCGGCAUGGUCUGCGGCGUGCUAGCCGGCCAUGCGCCGAACGCCACCCGCUGGCUGUUCGCGGCGGCAGCUGGCAUGUUCCUUUACAUCGCACUUGUCGAUAUGGUAAGUGUAUCCACCACUGAAGCAGAGUAUAUGACUACCUGAGACUUGUGCCUCGGCGGCAUGGUCUGCGGCGUGCUAGCCGGCCAUGCGCCGAACGCCACCCGCUGGCUGUUCGCGGCGGCAGCUGGCAUGUUCCUUUACAUCGCACUUGUCGAUAUGGUAAGUGUAUCCACCACUGAAGCAGAGUAUAUGACUACCUGAGACUUGUGCCUCGGCGGCAUGGUCUGCGGCGUGCUAGCCGGCCAUGCGCCGAACGCCACCCGCUGGCUGUUCGCGGCGGCAGCUGGCAUGUUCCUUUACAUCGCACUUGUCGAUAUGGUAAGUGUAUCCACCACUGAAGCAGAGUAUAUGACUACCUGAGACUUGUGCCUCGGCGGCAUGGUCUGCGGCGUGCUAGCCGGCCAUGCGCCGAACGCCACCCGCUGGCUGUUCGCGGCGGCAGCUGGCAUGUUCCUUUACAUCGCACUUGUCGAUAUGGUAAGUGUAUCCACCACUGAAGCAGAGUAUAUGACUACCUGAGACUUGUGCCUCGGCGGCAUGGUCUGCGGCGUGCUAGCCGGCCAUGCGCCGAACGCCACCCGCUGGCUGUUCGCGGCGGCAGCUGGCAUGUUCCUUUACAUCGCACUUGUCGAUAUGGUAAGUGUAUCCACCACUGAAGCAGAGUAUAUGACUACCUGAGACUUGUGCCUCGGCGGCAUGGUCUGCGGCGUGCUAGCCGGCCAUGCGCCGAACGCCACCCGCUGGCUGUUCGCGGCGGCAGCUGGCAUGUUCCUUUACAUCGCACUUGUCGAUAUGGUAAGUGUAUCCACCACUGAAGCAGAGUAUAUGACUACCUGAGACUUGUGCCUCGGCGGCAUGGUCUGCGGCGUGCUAGCCGGCCAUGCGCCGAACGCCACCCGCUGGCUGUUCGCGGCGGCAGCUGGCAUGUUCCUUUACAUCGCACUUGUCGAUAUGGUAAGUGUAUCCACCACUGAAGCAGAGUAUAUGACUACCUGAGACUUGUGCCUCGGCGGCAUGGUCUGCGGCGUGCUAGCCGGCCAUGCGCCGAACGCCACCCGCUGGCUGUUCGCGGCGGCAGCUGGCAUGUUCCUUUACAUCGCACUUGUCGA